AUGGAAGUGAAAGGUAUGUAUAUGAGACAUCUGGAGCUGUAUAACAAGCGAGCGUGGGGUCAUGAUGAAGUGCUGCCGGAGACUGGUGAGCCUGCGAAUUCGAGGAAUGGAUGGGGCGCUACUAUCGUGGACUCAAUUGACACCUGUCUCCUCAUGGGCCUCAUCCCAGAAGCCCUGCGCUCCAUCGAACACACCCUCAAAGUUGACUUCACAAAAACACAUGAAAACGGCCGCGUUGACCCCUUCGAAACCAUCAUACGCUACGUUGGCGGUCUCCUCUCCGCCCACGAUCUUCUCCCGACAGCGUCACUACCUCGGGGCAAGGUGAAGGACUUACAGAAGGGGUUGCUGAGGCAGGCAAAGAUUUUAGCGGAUCAGAUUGGACCGGGGUUUGGUUCGCCGACGGGGAUGUUGUACCCUGGGGUUGAUUUUGCGCAGAAGAAGGGGCAUAUUGAGGAUAGAGGGACAAGGUCGGGAGCUGUUGCCGGGGAUAUUGCCAAUAUUGGAACAAACUGGCUCGAGUAUGCCAAGUUAUCGGUGCUCACGGGUGACGACGUCUACGUACGGAAUGCAAGCCGAGCGUGGUCAUUACUGGUGAACCCACCCCCUCAUUCGUUCGGAUUUGAGCGUACUGGAGGACUUGUCGCGACCCCGGUGGAUAUCAUGAGCGGUAGACAGAUGUCAGACCACAUGUCAUGGGGAGCAAAAUCAGACUCGUACUACGAGUACCUUAUCAAAGCAUGGCUGAUGGCGCCCAAGACGCCAUCCACUGAGCAAUACCGGCAUGCUUGGACUCAGGCCGUACAUGCUGCCAAGGUCAUGCUCAUCUCCCAAACCAACCACAAGACCAAUCCGAAGAAGUUCAUCGGAGAAUGGCGCUUCGGCAACAGAGACUCCACUAGCGAGCACCUUGCUUGCUUUGCCGGUGGAAACUUUAUGCUCGGCGGCAAGGCGUUGGGUAAUCAGGAGUAUAUCGACGCAGGCCUGGAGCUUAUCGAGGGAUGCAGGUGGGUCUACGAACAGACAAGCACAAAACUUGGACCCGAAGGGUGGCGAUGGAUUGCUACAACCGAUGACAACCCCAAGAAGCCGGACAAGCACGCCGCGAAACACCAGUACAGCCUUUGGGGUUUCUGGGCCACCAAUACUCGCUAUCACCUCAGACCCGAAUACGUGGAAUCACUCUUCUACGCUUACCGCAUCACCGGAGAUGUGAAGUACGCCGAUUGGGCCUGGGAAGUCUUCGAGAGCAUCCGCGAGCACUGUGAGAGUGAAUGGGGAUAUUCGGAUAUCAAGGACGUUACGGGAUACAAGGGAACUAGAAGGUUGAACAAUCAGGAGAGUUAUUUUGGGGCGGAGACGCUAAAGUAUCUGUAUCUCAUCUUUGCGGACCCACGAGUAGGGAGCUUGGAUGAGUGGGUAUAUAAUACGGAAGCACACCCACUGCGUAUCGAGCGCAGGGCAAUUGGAGAAUAG